AUGCCAAAAUUCGUGCCGCGUCAAAGGAAACACAAGGUCCUUGCGCGUGAGAAAGCGUUACAAAAUGGCACCCAAGAUGGCGGAGAUGCACCUCCCCAGAUCGACAGCAAUGCGCUGGAAAUUCUUCCGGACGCUCAGAAAGCAGACCGUGAAGCUAGAAGAGCUCAGUUGAGAAAUGAACUGAAGGGUGAAGUUAAGGUUAGCGGCAAAAAAGCUAAGCGCCUUGAGAAAUAUAUCGACAACAAGCUCAAAAAGGAUGAGAAUCGAGUUCUCCUAGCUGAAUUAGCUAAGAAUAAGAUUGACACCAGCUUAUUUUCGAGUAGUCGAAGUCUCGGCCAGGGGAAAGAGACGAGACGCCAGGAACUUAGUCGCGCUCUAAGAGAACGAAGAGCAGGCGUUGGUGAGGACAACGAUGAUGUUCUCUUCGAAACUAAGGAUACUUUCGCAAGCGAUGAAUCAGAAGAUGAUUUUGAAGCACAUUCGAAAACUAGUCUCUCGGAAAGUCGAGAAGGUGGAUUUUCUCAGAAUGCUACGCCGGCGGUCAAUGGCUCUAUUACCAGCAAUGCUAAAACUGCUUUAACAGAAAAUUCAACAGUUUCAGUAGGGUCGGGGUUAAAACGUCCGUUGGAGUUAGACGACGAGGGGCGACCAGUUAUACAAAAGAGACAGAAGCGUGGUGGCGUAAAGUCGAAGGUGCAUGCGAAGGUACAAAUCAUACUACCUGAAAUAUCACCCGAGAGUGCGGAAGAACGUAUGGACGAAGAUGACGCUAGCGAUGACGAGUGGAAUGGGUUUACCUCCGACGCGUCUGCUCAUGAUUCAGCCAAGUCUCAAGAAUCCUCAGAGGACGAGGCUGAGGAAGAUGAAUCUACAGAUCAAGAGUCAAGCAGCGAUGAUGAAUCAUCGGAGGAGGAGGAAGACGUUUCGAAGAGGAAAGAGAGAUCCUCGGCUUUCAAAUCCUGGGCCCAUGAACAGCGUAAUGUAGCCCUUGGAUAUGAGCCUGUCGACAAUAAUAAUUCGGUUUUGAAUAUUACGGUCCCUAAGGAUUUUAAGCCACGGCCGCUGGAGCAAGACCCAUUACCCAUGGAACUACUUCCGACAAAGCACAGCGGGAGAAAGGCGUUUAGUGUUCCAGUCCAGAGGACAUCUGAGAUACAAGAUGCGCGGCUUAAGCUACCGGUAGUAGCCGAGGAGCAGAAGAUCAUGGAAGCCAUUCACAAUAAUAAUGUUGUGGUAAUUUGUGGUGCUACUGGAUCAGGAAAAACAACACAAGUACCCCAGUUUUUAUUCGAAGCUGGGUACGGCUCACCUAACUCACCCACACCAGGUAUGAUAGGAGUGACACAGCCACGAAAAGUCGCUGCGGUUAGUAUGUCAAAGAGGGUUGGACAAGAACUUGGUGAUCGAUCAAACGCUGUUGCAUACCAGAUUCGAUUCGAGGGCACGGUUGAUAAUAAUACAGCAGUUAAAUUUAUGACGGAUGGUGUGCUUCUUCGUGAAGUCGCCAACGACAUCUCCCUUCGCAAAUAUUCUGCUAUUAUUAUCGAUGAAGCUCACGAGAGGAGCGUCAAUACAGAUAUUCUUGUUGGGAUGCUUAGCCGAGUUGUUAAGUUGCGAGAGGAAAUGUCUAACGAAGACCCCAAGUUAGCUCCACUGAAGUUAAUUAUCAUGUCCGCCACUUUGCGGGUAGACGAUUUUAAAAAAAUCAAACACUAUUCCCAAUACCGCCGCCGGUUCUUAACGUUGAGGGCCGGCAACACGCGGUGA